CUUCAAACUUCUCAUUUGUACCCGCAGUUUAAAGAAAGCUGAGGUUUAACGACACUUUUAUUUUGAAAAGUCAAACCGGCAGUUGUUUUUGACGGACAAAGAUGGCGACGUGGUUGUUAUUUUCCUCUGAUGGGUGUAUGAAAUGAUUUUCUAAUAAUAGUAUUAUGAAAAGAAGACUUUUCGACUCGGUUCUUAUGAACAUUGUUAUUCCUGGAUGUAAAAUAACCGAUAAUGUCUCCCGGAAGUAGCCGCUGUAACAUUUGGACAGAUUCCCAGGCAUCGUGACAGGGAUGGAGCUGUCCCAGAGGGAGCGGCUGUCCCAGCUGGUGGAGGAACUGACCACAUCUGGACAGCCGCAGCUCAACCAGGACAAAGUCAAGGAGCUGAAGAAGAUCUGCAAAGCGUCCAAUGACUGCAUAGACCAUGUGUACCAUUCAGUAAUGUCCCAGCUAAACCAAGAACACGCUGAGAUCCGGCUGUCGGCCUUCCAGAUAGCCAGCGAGCUCUUCUCCAGAUCGCAUCACUUCCGGACGCUGCUGGUGGACAACUUCCAGGAGUUCUUGGAGCUGACAGUGGAGACGGACUCGGAGCAGCCCCUCCCUCCUCCUAAAGAGGUCGCCAGGAAGCUGAGGUCACUGGCCGUCCAGACGGUCCAAUCCUGGCACACCUCGUAUGGCUCGGCCUAUAAGAAGCUAGAACUCGGCUAUCACUUCCUUAAACAGGUUAAGAAGGUGGACUUCCAGGACGCCGAGGCCAGGACAGUAACAGAGAGGAGGAGGGAGGAGGAGCGGCAGAGGAAGAUGGAGCGAAUCUACAAGGCCAGAGUGGAAGCAGCAACCAAGGAAAUGGAGGAAUCCUACCAAGACAUCGAGGCGGCGCUGACUGAGAUGGAGUCCUGCAUGAAGCUGCUGUUCCCUGAGUUUGGCCUGGCAGGUUCCCCAGCAGAUAACAGCGGCCCCUCAGACGGCCAGCCGGACAAAGGCUGCCAGGCCGAUGACGAUGAGCCCUGCUGCAGUAAAAAUCUGAGGGAGAGGAGGGACUGCAGGGAGGAGGAGGAGGAGGAAAAGGAGGAGGACUCUGACACGGAAAACAGAGAGAAAAGCUGUGAAGAGGAGAGGAAGGAGGAUGAGGAGGGAAGGACAAAAGCAGAGAUGGAGGAAGCCGGAGAAGGAGCGGAGGAAAGUAGCCAAGAAGAGUCGGAUGAAGAAGACUCGUUCAUCAGGAACUCUGGGCUCAUCUCUCACACCUACAGCCUGGACGUGAGCCUCAGUCCUGUUCUUCAUGUGAAGGAGACAGAAGACAACGAGCCGGUGGUUUCCACCAUGAUGGAGCUCCACAGGGUGAUCAGCUCCAAACACCUCCCUGCCGUCCAAGGCUGGGUCCAGGUCUUCACCAAGUCCCACGCCGAGCCACAGCUGCUGAGGAGAGCGCUGAGUCUCAGGAAGUCUUUAGAAGCUGCGCUGCAGAAACACAGAGAGCUUCACAUCGACUGUAAGACCCGAGUCCGCAGAGUGAUGAAGGCUACCUCAGACGGAGAGGAGGACGAUGACGAAGACGAGUUUGAAGAGGUUCCAGAGAAAGAAGGAUACGAGCCACACAUUCCUGAGCAUCUCCGAGCAGAGUACGGUCUGGAUCCCGUUCCAUCCACCUCAGCUGCAGCAUUUGCACCCAAAGCUCCCCCAGUCAGAAGACCUCCAGCUCCCCCUCUUCCAUCCAGCUCAUCUUCCUCCUCCAGGAGGAUGAGGAGGCUCCUAGAGGACGAGCAGGACCCAACUUCUGCUGCAGCCACACUGCGUGUCCUCAGACAGCAGAUCCCGCUUCCAGAAUCCAGGUGCAGCAGCAGCAGCACUACUGGCCCUGGUUCAUCUCAGCAGAACGCUGCUGAAGCUCCAGUUGUUCCUUUCGGUUUGGAUCUGUACUACUGGGGCCAGGAGCAGCCCAACGCCGGCAAGAUUCUCAAGUCAGCCUCUCAGCACCAGUUCUGGGUUCCUGCAGAGGUGGAGGAGGAGGUGGAGAACCAGGACCUGUUGGCUCAGAGUAAGAGCAGAUACAUCUCCUUCCCGGGGAACUUUGUGCCCGUCAGCCAUUCCUGCAGAGCCCCGCUGGGCAACGGCACGCUGUGUCAGCGGCAGGACCGCGUUAAGUGCCCUUUCCACGGCCUGAUCGUCCCCCGCGACCAGGAGGGACGGCCCUGCAGAGAGGAGGACCGGCAGAGGGAGGAGCAGGAGGAACGGAGGAAGAGAGAGCAGCAGCCUGACUGGCGUGAUGUGGACUUGAUGCGUGACAUCGAAGCAGCAACAGGAGAAGACCUGGGCUCCAGUCGGGUGGGAGGUAAAAACCGGAAGGGGAAAAAGAAGAAAUACCCCAACCUCAGCGAUCUAAAGCAGAGCAGCAACACGUCGCGCUCCAGACUGGAGAGAAAAGUCUUCAACAAGAGCACCAUGCGCAGAGUGGCUCAGGUGUUAAGUAAAGCCGACAGGAGAAAACACGACAAGUUCUCCAACCAGUUUAACUACGCCCUCAACUGACCGUGUUUCUGUCGCUGUGCUCUAUACUGACAGCCUCUUUCACAAUGAUCAGGGACUGUUAACAUCUGGGUAAAGAAACUGAGUCACAGUUUUUAACGUAAUGAUGUGUGUGUUUAUGUGCCUGCAUUUCAUGACUGACGGAACAUUCACAAUAUUCAUGUUUUUGGAAGGACUCACAAGAAAGUUUGUGGGAUAAUUUAUGUGUUUGAAACAGUGUAGUAACCCAGUGGAGGUAAAAAUAGGCAUGAUUUCAUUGAGUCACAUUAUUAAUAUUAAUACAAAGAUUUUUUUAAGCUUCAUAAUCUAACAUCUCACCAGCAACUCAGCUUUUUUCUACACUGUGACUGUAUUUUUUCUUAAUUGCAAUAUUCACAAACAUGUUCCCAAAAUCAAUAUCAGUCAAAAUUGCAGAUCAGACUUUUUAAGAUCAGUGAUCAGCCAGAAAACUAGAGUCGGUGCAGGCCUGGUACAGUACGUACUGCCCAUCUACCUCCACUGGUCAACACCAAGCUAACAAACAUUCACACACUUCCUGUAAAAAAGGGCAUCCUGCUGAUAACAAGGACAUUUCUGUUAAAUAUCCUAAGUCAAAUAUUGCAUUAAUGUGUGUAUGAUCCUGUGUCUCAGAUUUUUACGUUUUUUCUACUUUUGCUGAAUGAUUCAUUUAUGUAUUAUGGGGUAAUGCAUGAGUUAGGUUUAAUACUACUGUGUGCAUUAAAAUGAUUUGUACCAUAGGGAAAAUAUC